UCACUUCUUAAAAACAGUGCUCAGCUUUUCCUGUUUUGUAUGACACUAUAAUAAUAAAUGUUUGUACAACUUUUCUUUAGUUUAUAACAUAUCUUUACAGAUAUAUUUAGCUUAUAGUGGAAGCAAUAAACCGUACUGCCAAAGGUGAGAGGAAUUAAAAUAGCUUAUCUGUAAUUGCGAAAGCAGAAGUGGGAGGAGACUUUUGAUCACUCCCUCCUCAUGUAAACGACCAAAUAUGUGACUAACCUGCACACACAGAACUGUUUGUGAGUAUCUGUCAGAUGGGCUCGGACUGCACUACACGUGUACUGAAAAGCACUGGGAAACAGCAUUAAUGGACAACGGGAAUGUGAAAAAUAAUGGCCCCGGUCAUGCCGCCCCUCCUCUGAGGCUGCUAAUCGUGGGUCAGAAGCGGACAGGAAGGAGUUCAGUGGGCAACACUCUCCUGGGUGAGGAUGCGUUCGACACAUGGGGCGGAGCGGCCAGCGCCGCGGCACACAGAGAGUCUGAAGGCCGACAGCUGAUGGUCGUGGAUGCCUGUGGAUGGGGCACAAACGAGAAGCUCGUCCCUAAACAGGAGAAACUGGAGCUAUUUAACGCCCUAUCACUGUGUGAGCCGGGACCCCAUGUCCUGCUCCUGGUCAUUCCCUUACUGCACUUCAGCCACUCCGAGAAAGCAGUCAUACAGAAACGCAUGGAGAUCCUCACAGAGGGCGUGUGGCGCCACACCAUGGUCGUGUUCACGCUGGGCGACCGUCUGCGCGACUGCAGCGUGCAGGACUACAUCCAGACGUCCGGGAAGGAUCUCCAGUGGCUGAUGGAGAGGUGCAGGUACAGGUACCACGUUCUUAACAACAAGACGCCGCAGGACAGACAGCAGGUCUCUAGUCUGCUGGACCGCGCGGAGGACAUGGUGAUGGAGAACGGGGACUGGCACUUCUCCCUACACAUGUACUGCAGGCUGGAGGAGGAAUGGAGCCGGAGAGAGAGGGAAAUGAAAGAGAGGAUACUAGAGAUGCAAGAUAGAGUGGGUAAAAAUCGAGGACUGGCUGGAGUUCCAAAUCACAGUUGUCAAGGCGGUCUGAGCGUGAACGAUAAUCUACUGAAACUAGUUUACCACGGCUAACUGCUGCCAAACACAGUUACACAACAUUACUGCUGUUUCGCAAUGAACUCAGAGUGAACUCUAUGUAUGCUUUAUGAAUACAUACAGUGCUUAACAAAUUUAUUAGACCUCCACCCAGUGUAAGGUUUGUGCCACAUCUGCCCUAAACUAACAGUAUUGGUGAUUACCAGAAUCAUUUCUUAUGUUUCUGUAAUGGUUAAUCCACACCAGUAUGUGUAAACUCUUCAGUCACGGUACUGUUUCUAAUGCUAAAACAUAAUUAUUGUUGGGAUUUGAUGGAUUCAAAGAUAGAUUGCACAAAAGUUUCAUCAAAAGCAAGUCUUUGGGAACAACUAGAAACUAUUUGGAAGUCAAUAACAAGAGAGACUGUGGAAAAAUACAAAAAAACAAUCUAAAAAUAAAUAAAUAAAUAAUAAUAAUAAUAAAAAA